UCGGCAGCACUCGGUAUAUUUUCCAAACCUGGCAACCCACCUCCCUCUGUUAUUAGGUGCAGUCCAUCGGCUAGUCAGACGUACAUUUAAUGUUUGUUGUUAGACUUGUUUUCUCAAAGCGUGGAUUUUAUUUUGCACUGCUGAUUUACUGUGAGUUUGACAAACAGGGUAGAAACACUCGGACUUCUGAAUGGUAGCCGGUUGGUCACUUUGUCGGCAUAAAAUUAGUUUAGGCCCUGUGGUUGUUUGAGCUAGCUUCAUCAGCUAGCCGUGUAAUCCUGCUUUGCUAGCAUAGCGACUAGUAGUGGGGGGUUUCCAAGGCAACACUUUUGGAUCUUAUUUACAAUAUCACGAUGGACAAAGCGGAUUUCCUGAAAGGUCUCCCCGUCUACAACAAGAGCAACUUCAGUAGAUUCCACGCAGACUCUGUGUGCAAAGCAUCGAAUAGAAGACCAUCAGUUUAUUUGCCAACACGGGAAUAUCCAUCAGAGCAGAUUAUUGUCACAGAGAAAACAAACAUUCUUUUGCGCUACCUCCACCAACAGUGGGACAAAAAGAAAUCGAGAUUCAUCAGACCAGGCUAUGUUUUUCCAGUCUUCAACUGUCCAGUGUUGAACGCAGCCAAGAAGCGGGAACGGGAGCAAGAACAGGGUGAAGGAGGCAGUCCUGCACCUUCACGCAAAAUUGCACGGACCGACAGUCAGGAAAUGAACGAAGACUCCUAAAACGGAUUGUUACCAAACAGCACAGGGACAGGCACAAACAUGGCAGCCUUUUCAGAUUAAAGAAUAAUACAUGGUCUACAUUUCUUGUAGACGUCUGCACAUGAGACUGGCUUUAAAAAGUGAGACCGUUUUAUGGUGGGAUUUUUGUUUUGUUUUUGUUUGUUUUUAAAUUCAGCGCUUCCUGUCAAACUGUCCCAUUGUGCGUCCUUGCAGCCUGGUGAUAAACACUUAGGGUUGCUGUUAGCUUCCACUGCCAGAAUCUGUGGACCUGUUGCACUGAAAUUUGCUCAGGUAGGGUAGGGAGACUUUGAGUGCUGGCACGAAGUUACAUCAGUCUCUACGUGCAGGAAUUUGGCAGAGUGGGGCAAAGUUAGACUGCAUCACACAGUGUUGUGCGUGAAUGUGUCUGUGUGUGCAAAUUUUAACUCCAGUUUAAGAAUCAUUCCCACUAGCUCAGCUGUGGAUUUAUUUUUCCUGUACUGACAGGCAAGUCAGUUCAUAGACAUGUGAAAAUAAAACCCUUUUUUUUUGGACAAAUUUAGCUGUAGGAGUACUGGUGUAAGUGAUGUGGUAUCUUCCUAGCGUGUGCCUAAUUGUGCAUGAUCGCACUGUUAAGAUUUUGAUGGUUCACACUGAUCACGGCUUGGAAAUAAUUGUUCCAGUAGUACUGUCUUGGUUAUGUUAAAAAAAAAAUUACUCACUUAUCAAGAAUUCAAAUUUAGGUCUAUUUUUGAAGGUAUAAAUUUGGUGGUGAGGCCAGAUAUUUAACAUUAUCGAUCCGAUUAGGCCCUAUGCAGAUACUGAGGCAGUUGGAUUUUUCCACCCAUUGUUCCACUGAAAAUAUGAUUGAAAGCCCUUUGUGCUUGACCAGUGCAGGUAUUUUUCCCUGCACAUGAUGGGUAUAAUUAGAUAAUGGUAAAGAUGGUUUGUUAUAGGUUGGAGUGCAGUGCCAUGCUUUGGUUCUAUGCUUUGGUUCUAUGCUUGGUCUUCAAGCACUAAUCAGAGCUACACUACUACCUUUUAUGUGCUUGAAUAAACAUGAAUGAAAAAAAACACCCAGAUAAGGUAUGUUUGUAAUAAUACAACAGGGAACACCUGUUCAGAGAUUUCUGCAUGUGAGGAAAGGUUAAGGUGUCAGUAGUUUGUCUUUAAGUCUUCUUUUUUCCCCCCUCUUCACUGCAAGGUUUUGUUGUGUGUUUGUUGUAUUAUUAAAAGAUUGUUCAAUGCAGAACAAGCCAAUAGUGUUGGCUAAAACAUGUGUAAUAAACUCUAGUAUUGCUAGGGUACUUGGGUUUGGCAAGAGAAAGCAUCUAACCUUAAGCCAUUAUUAGUUAAAGGGUGUUUAUGGUUACAGUGACUAGUGUUUUAUUACAUGUAACUGACUGUAACCAGAUCUGUACUGACCAUAAUAUACCCUUACAUAUA